GGCUUCGUGAACGCCGUGUUCCUCUUCUCCCCGUGCCCCCACUCGCGGCGGGAGCUGCGGCAAAAAACCUGCCCCCCCGAGCCGCCCACGGUGCAGGAGUUGGCGGAGAAACUCCUGCCCAGGAGUGUCCAGGAGCUGCUCGCGGACCAGAAAAUCACUCUGUUCUGGGUGGACACUGCCGAGCGGGCUCAGCUGAUCGAGUGUCCUGACCAUGUUGGAUACUGGACAAUGUUUGAACUGAUCUCCCAGACAGGAGGCACCAUUUUGCCAGUUGACACCUUAGUGCACUGUGUGAGUCACCACGGGGCAGAUCUUGCUCAUGGCUUUCUUGGAGGCUCCAGUUCCCCAGUGCCACAGGCUGUGCCUUGGACGAGGCUUCUGCCGCUGGACGCGACUCUGAACUGCUUGUUCUCGGAGCCUUCUGUGUAUCAGUCACUGUUUGCCCGGAGGGAAGGAACCUUGUUUCUCAACAUGCCUGACCAGAAGCAGGAAAGCUGUGCUGUGAUCCUGGAACCCCUUGCCAUGAGCCAGAGACAACUGCAGUGUCCAGUCAACAUUGUCCUGAAAGGAAGCUUGACAGGUUGGAACUUGGCACAGGCUGGCCCCUUCCUCACGGAGAGCUGGAUACUGCAGAGCUCCCAGGCUGAGCAGGCAGAGCAUAACAGGUCACUGUUUCAUCAGCUGUUGAGGAGUCUAGUGACUGAAGAACUGCACAUGGUUGCUGAGGUCUCUCUGUCCCAAACUUGGUGCCCCUGCACUGCUGUGCUGUCACCUCUCUCAGAGUGUACUGCAGUUCUGACUGUGCUUGGUGCUGAGAAGGCAGCUGAGGUUCAGCGAUGCAGCCUUGAAGGAGCUGUGGUGGACAACUCCCCCCAAGACUCUGCUUUUCCCCUCCCAGAGAUUGUGAAUAGUGUGUUGAGGGAAAUCAACACGGUGGCGGAAGACUCUUUGUCCAGUCUGGAAGAAACUCCAGUGCCAGAGUGGGUCCAACGGGAACUGUCCCAUACAGGGAGCUGGCAUCCUUCAGUGCUGGAAGCAUGGUAUCCUGCAUCAAAUGCUUGUGGAGCAAGCUCAGAUCUGAUGGAGUCAUUCAGACUGCUGCAGGUUCCUUGUGCUAAUGGGAAGGAUGCUGAAGACCAGUCUGAUGUGGAGCUCUCAGAAAGUCUAUCUGAGCUGUACCAGAGAAAAUUCAGUGAAACAUCUGCAGCUGGUCCAGGAAAUAACAAAAAAAGAUGUGGGGUUCCCCGAACUCCAGUCAGGCAGAAGAUGAAGACCAUGUCCAGAUCCCUGCAAAUGCUCAAUGUAGCAAGGCUGAAUGUAAAGGCUCAGAAGUUUCAACCUGAUGGUGUGUCACCAGCAGUGAAUGAGAAGGUUCCACAGAAGCUUUCAGCAAAAAGAUUGGAUGAAAAAGUGGAAGGAAAGGAAAAGGCACUUAAAAUAUCAGUUGACUUCCAAACAGAGGAGGAGCUGCAAUCCCACCUGACUGGGAGCUACCAGAAGGCUGUUGCUGAGGGAAUUCCUUCAUCUGCAUGUGCCCAGAACAUGAUCAUGGCCAUUAAAAGGUUCUUGAAAAUACAAGAUGCCAAAGAGAAAGAGAUGGCCUGUGUGGAAAGAGAACCCAUCUCCACCAGCAAAAUGCUCAGACAACAUCAUGACUUGCAGAAGGAGACCAAAGUCAGAGAGUGCCGACUCCAGGUAUUUCUGCGCCUUGAGUUGUGCCUUCAGUGCCCUUCACUGCAAAGCAGCACUGACAACAUGGAGCAGCUAUUAGAAGAGGUGACAGAUAUGCUGCGCAUUUUAUGUCUGACUGAAGACCCAGGGUAUCUUACCAAGUUUCUAGAGGAAAUAUUAGAAUUGUAUAUGAAUUCUAUACCAAAGACACUUGGAGAUAUUUACUACGGGCUUGGUACACAAAUACCCCCGAAGUUGGCAUCUGUUCUGCCCUCAGACUUCUUCAGUGAUGACUCCAUGACUCUGGAUAGCAAAUCUCCAGGCCUUCCACCAUCUCUAUCAUCUGUCUUAACUCCUGGUGCUGUUUGCAGCGAGAGUGAUCAGCUGGAGGAGCUGCGCACCAGGUCUGCCAGAAAGAGAAGGAAUAAUGUAUUAGCCAGACACAGGAGCAUGACAGAAGCACCACAGAACUUGCGUCAAAUUGAGAUUCCCAAGGCAGCCAAGAAUCCCAUCAGAAAGGAGAGCUCCCUUUCUUACCUUGCCGCUGAGAAGGGCCAGCAGAAGCCUUUGUUGCAGAAAGAAGCAGUGCAAGAGGUUACAAAGGUAAGGAGGAACCUCUUCAAUGAAGAGAUACUUUCACCAUCAAAAAGGUCUCUGAAAAAGAUGCCUAGAAGCCAGUCAGUAUCUGCUGUGGAAGGCUUAAAAUACAAACGUACUGAUGAAGGCACCAAAGAUCAUCGCAAGUUAUUGACCAAGAGAGUUGCAGAAACACCAUUACAUAAACAGGUCCCCAGGAGACUCCUCCAUAAGCAGAUCAAAGGCAGGUCUUCUGAUCCAGGUUGUGACACUGGUGUGGUAGAGGAAUCUCCAGAAAAGGCCAUAAGUGAAGCAGGUUUGAGGAGAAGCCCACGCAUCAAACAGCUGUCUUUGAAUAGGACCUGCUCUGGUACUUUCUAUUCCACUGCACAGCCCAGCUCAAAAAAUUCGCAGCACAUCCACCAGGGACAAGAGGAGAGCAGUACACUGCAGGAUGUAGAAGGCCUUAAGCAGCACUCAGAGAGUUCUUCUGUCCAGACUCCCAAGAGGUUUUUCUUUGGUGCAGUCAUUGACACAUGUAGUCCUGCAGAGAAACAUUCACCUGGAAGGAGGAGAAUGAGAAAAGAUUCCUUACACUUAGAGGAGCUGACUGCCUGUCAGACUCCUAGAAAAACACCUUGUAAAUUUACCCAGAAGCCACCAAAUUCUGCGAGUAAGCUGCCAAGGAGAUCGCCUCGCAUUCUCCACAGGACACCACAGAAGCUGGAGAGGACUCCUGGCAAAAGUCCAGCAGCUAAGCAGACUGUAGCUAAGUGUUUGGGAAAGUACUUUUCUAAUCCUGCACAAAGGGUCAAGUCGCCAUCUGCGUUAAGUGAAAGGAAGAGGGUUCACUUACUGCAAGUAACUUCUGAGGACUGUUCUGCAGCACAAAGACUUUUCCCUCCUUGCCAAGAGGCUGGCUUACAAUCACCAGAACAUGAAGGCUUCAUGCCACUCAAUGCCUCAUUAUUACCUCCAAAAGAUUCAAAUUCAGCUGCUUCUUCUCCCCCUGCCAUCCAAGAAAGGUGUUUUACAGAACUUCGAACUCCAAGACGUUCCUUGCGAUACCUCUCAAAAUCUCCGGUUGGUGCUCGGAGGCAAAUCCUCACAAAAGAAAUUCAGGUGCAAUUAGAUCCAUUAUCUCAAGCAACUAAAAGGACUCCCAGGAAACCUGAAGAUCCAGGUUCAAAUUUAUGUACCAGCCCACUGAGGACAGAAAUACCUCAGCUUGCUGUGAGACCAGAGCCUCUCUUGAAUUCUCUACUCCAUGGAAGUUCCAUGAACACUGAGGCAAUCUGCUUUCCUACCCCUGCGCCGGCUGGGGAGUCUGACUGGGAACUCAGUGCAUCUAAACCAUCUCCUCAAAAGUCUCCAGGUAUUACUGGCACCUCACUGAGCCCCCUGCUUCAUGCAUCCAAUCAGACAAAACGUGAACCAGCUUCUGGAGGAGAGAACCUCACACUUGCAUGUGCAGCACCAUCUGAAAAUAAGGACAAUCAUCAUGAUGGUGGUAACUAUUCUGGGGAAAGCCUUCAGCUUUGUCAGUCCCAAGUUACUGAAAAUACCCCUGUAUUGGAGAAAAAUAAACACAUGGAUGUAGUGUCUCAGAAGUCUUCUCCAAGCGAGGACUCUGAAAACUUGGGAAAGCAUUUGUCUCCAGAGCCUUUUGCUGGAGGGCAGGUACAUGCACAGAAUGCUGAGAUAGACUGUGAGCUUUUGGCUAAGGAGGGAAACUCCAGUGCAAACACGUGUGAUUCCUUCCUAAGUGAUUUUCAAACAGUUAGUGAUGACUCAGAGCCAAGAACUCUGCUGAGGGAAGGAUAUGUGGGGCCAGAGGCUCCAAGUCUUAAGAGACACUCCAGAUCUGCCCUGAAUACUUUGCCUCCUAUGCCAAAGUCUGCUCCUGCCUAUUCCCUACGCUGCACUGUAGACAGGAGGCAGCGGGAGGCUGAAGCACGGAUGGGAAACCCUCAGCUUGUAGCUAAGCUCUCUACUAAAAGUCGUUGCAAACUGCCUUCUGCUGCCCCCCCGACGUACGCAGUGGAAAUUGAAAUGCAAGCUUCCGGCCUGCCCAAACUCCGCAUUAAGAAAGUUGGCUCUGGCUCGUCGUUGGAAGUUCAGCCUGAAGGAAGUGCCAGCAAACCUAAGGGAGGAGAAAGCCCCUUUGGUGACCUUGCUAUGACCUGGUGUAGCAAACACCCAGGAAAACUAGCAGUUGCCUGUGUUUCACCCUCCUGCUGUCGUUCUUUCCACAGUACACCUGGGAAAGGUGCAGGACAGACCUACAUAUGCCAGUCAUACACCCCAACAAGAUGUGCCUCGAACGUCACCUCCCCAUUCCCCCUGGAAGCAGGAGCUCUCAGGACACCUUCUCCAAAGCAGAAGGGGAAGACUACCCCUGAUGCCAUCAAUGACUGGCCUCGGAGAAAGAAAGCAGCAGGCAGCACUGCCAACACGAGCUGCUCUCAGAGUGAGAGGAAUGCUGAGGAACGAACGUGGAUGUCAACGGGCAAAGAAACAUCAAUGAGGAUCUCAGACCAUUGUAGCAGCAAAGUAAUGAAUACAUUUGGGGAAUUUGAACUGGAAGGGAUUUGCAGGCUCCAGGAUCAGGUGUCUCCUAGUGACUUUGAACCCAAGGCUGAUGAGGACUCUGCCAUAGGAACUUUUGGCUUGAAAUCUCGGAAGCGAGUCUUUACAUAUCUGUCCCCAGAAAGGGAGGAGAAUCGCAAUGCCAAGAGAUCAUGCACUGAGAGUUGCAACUCGGAUCUCACUGGCUCGUCCACAGAUGAGGGCAUCAGAGCCAAAUCAUGGACAGACUCUGUACUUCCUGAGAAACCAGGAGUGUGUGCACUCAAAACGCUUGAGCAGCACAGUUGCCCAGGGGAUGACGAUGUCUUCCUUUUGUCAGGCUCAACUCCACCCCUGAAGAGCACACUCUCUGCCAGCAGCCUGCUAGCCCUGACCCAGUCUCCACUGCUGUCUCCAUUGCCGUCCCAAAGAAAGCGUGUUCAAGAAGAGGAAUCCGAGGCAGUGCAAAUUACUGCCAGCCAGGAGCUGUCUCCAUGCCCCAUCAUGGUGUCCAGGAGGCGUCCCCUUAGCAGGAUUUACUCACGGAAAAAGCUGCUCAGCUGA